GGGAAGAUUCCUUGAAUUACGACAACAGACAACCUCAGUCAAUAUCAUGUUACAAACUGCUCGAACGAGAGACCCAAACAAGCAGAUCAGGUGCUUAAGUUAGUUGAGAAGGCACGUGGGCAAGGGGAAUCCCCUGCUAUCUGAAUUACGUAUAAGGGGAAGCCCCUACGACGUCAAUCGAUUACAGUGAACAUCUUUUACAUAAACCGAUAAUACAGUUGAUUUACUGCUUGUUUAAAAGGGGAUGCUUAAAAUAAACGACCUAUAAUGUGUUAACAGCUUUGGGGUGAAGACGUUUGCUUCAAGAAAAUGGCGGGAUGGGACGAGAGUAAAAUCUUCAACGGCUGUAAGCUGCAGAUACCCAGUGGCUACUUCAUAAAGUGUGAUGACACUAUAGAGAAGAUGAGCGACAGUGUCCAGUCCGUGCAGAUUGGGAUGGUGCCAGUGGUGGUGCCAAAGAGAAAGGCUGCCGCUAGGAAUAGGCGGCAAAAAAAGGGCUGCAGGCUUUGGCAGUGUUUGUUGUCUUGUUGUGGAAGACCUAGGCGUCCUGAGCAUGUGUACAACACAGCUUCGUUCCAUUCCAGUGGUGACCCCAGCCUUCAAGAUGGAGACUACGUUGAGAUGCAGCGAUUCGACAUCGAUUCCAUCUACAGCAUUGACUCCGAAUACAACAGGGAUGUGAACCAGCCAUCGACCUCUCAACAACGACCACUGACCACCGAACUUCGCAACUCCAGGACCGUCCCCCCACCCAUGACCAACGACCCACGCCUUUUCCUGUCCGACCCAGGCCCCAAGACCAGCGGUCAGCAGAUAACCACCCAGGCCGAGGUGCACCAGAAUUUCUGAAGUGAAUUGUUACCUCUCAGAAAAAUCUGAUAAAUUAAUGUCGUGUGUAUGAGCUGUGAGUGUUUUGUAAGCUGUACCACUAUUCUUUCACUGCCAAAAAUGUUUUUUUAAAAUGUGGAUGCAAAGUUUAAGCUAGGUAAAGCAUGCUUUCUGCUCAAAAUCUAGGUAUAACUUUUGUAUAACCAAAAACGGAAAGCACAUUUACGUGGAAUCAUAUAGAAACACUGCAAUAUCUAAUUUAAAAUUUAGUAUAACAAGCAACCAGAAAAUUAAUUGAAAAAAAAAACAACUUUGAGUUAUUUCAAAACAAAAUACGUGACUACAAAAUUUUUAUAACCAAUAUAUCUAUGCAUGAGUUGAUGUAAUCAUGUAGCACUCUAUGCUUGUAUUUUCUGUAACGUGCGUUUUUCUAUAAAUCUUUGGGGGAAAAUAAUAUCUACAGCAUUCUAUACUAGCGCUUUUUGUGUAUUUGGCUAUAAAUCUUUGGGCAGAAGUAAAAGAAUAAGCAUCAUAUAGCACCACAGGCUGGAAUUUGCAGAUGUUUUGUAUAUACAAAAAAUAUUGGUUAGAGGAUGGUUACAAAAUAAUCUUGGUGUUCUACUUUAGUAAUAAUUUUUUUUUUACACUGGAUGUAGUUG